AGUCCAAGAAGAUAACCUACAAACUAGACUUGUAGAUUGAAAUUAUCUGAUCAAAAAGGCAGACUCUAUAAAUUUCCUUAAGACCUACCUUGGCACAAAGGCUGACCCAGCAAAAGAACUGAGAAAUACAGCCUGAAAUGGACAGCAGUAAUUGCAAAGUUAUUGCUCCCCUCCUAAGUCAAAGAUACCGGAGGAUGGUCACCAAGGAUGGCCACAGCACACUUCAAAUGGAUGGCGCUCAAAGAGGUCUUGCAUAUCUUCGAGAUGCUUGGGGAAUCCUAAUGGACAUGCGCUGGCGCUGGAUGAUGUUGGUCUUUUCUGCUUCUUUUGUUGUCCACUGGCUUGUCUUUGCAGUGCUCUGGUAUGUUCUAGCUGAGAUGAAUGGUGAUCUGGAACUAGAUCAUGAUGCCCCACCUGAAAACCACACUAUCUGUGUCAAGUAUAUCACCAGUUUCACAGCUGCAUUCUCCUUCUCCCUGGAGACACAACUCACAAUUGGUUAUGGUACCAUGUUCCCCAGUGGUGACUGUCCAAGUGCAAUCGCCUUACUUGCCAUACAAAUGCUCCUAGGCCUCAUGCUAGAGGCUUUUAUCACAGGUGCCUUUGUGGCGAAGAUUGCCCGGCCAAAAAAUCGAGCUUUCUCAAUUCGCUUUACUGACAUGGCAGUAGUAGCUCACAUAGAUGGCAAACCUAAUCUUAUCUUCCAAGUGGCCAACACCCGACCUAGCCCUCUAACCAGUGUCCGGGUCUCAGCUGUACUCUAUCAGGAAAGAGAAAAUGGCAAACUCUACCAGACCAGUGUAGAUUUCCACCUUGAUGGCAUCAGUUCUGAGGAAUGUCCAUUCUUUAUCUUUCCACUAACCUACUAUCACUCCAUUACACCAUCAAGUCCUCUGGCUACUCUGCUCCAGCAUGAAAAUCCUUCCCACUUUGAAUUAGUUGUAUUCCUUUCAGCAAUGCAGGAGGGCACUGGAGAAAUAUGCCAAAGGAGGACAUCCUACCUACCCUCUGAGAUCAUGUUACAUCACUGUUUUGCAUCUCUGUUGACCCGAGGUUCCAAAGGUGAAUAUCAAAUCAAGAUGGAGAAUUUUGACAAGACUGUCCCUGAAUUUCCAACUCCUCUGGUUUCUAAAAGCCCAAACAGGACUGACCUGGAUAUCCGCAUCAAUGGACAAAGCAUUGACAAUUUUCAGAUCUCUGAAACAGGACUGACAGAAUAAGACUUAUCCAUUUUUUAAUGUAUUAAAUACACCCAGCCAGUUAUGCAGCUACUUUUUCUUCACUGUAUCUUAUGUUUUCUUUUUUCAAUGCUAAUUACAGCUCUCUGAUUACAUCAUGGUAAUCAUGCCUACGCCCACAUAAAAAUGGCUGAGCUAACAAUACACAUUCUGGAAAUAUAACACUCUGUAUUACAAAGUUUGUUACCUGCUGAAAUCAACGUAACUCAACUUGACAGACACUUAUACAGAAAUGUUGCUGGUGAAUUUAUAAGAAUGUAGUAUGAUACUAGUAACGAAGGCAAAAUGGACAGUGAAGUUUAACACAACUGAACUCCAAGAAAAUCAACCAUUAAUCUCUCAUUUUCAUCUGCAAAUUGAAGCAACAGUUUAGUUUCAAACCUAGCUCCCUGGGUGGAAUGAUGACUUCACUAUACUUAGUGAAUAUCCUUUAAAAGCUGGGAUUUUUUCAAGACAACAAAGAUCGUUCAUUUGGUUCUUUAUACUAUGAAACUUGAGUAAGUAUUACCUCCUUAAUUUUUAACAACUAAGAACAAAAAUUAACGAGAAAAGCAACAAAGUACAGAUUUAUAUAUAAACCUAAAAGCAUUUCAACAUGACACCCAAACACAUACAUAUGUUCAUAUAUUUGUGGCAAAAGGUGAUCAGAUUAGCUCCAGCCCAAAUGGAAUCUGCAGGGUGGUAUUUUGCAUUGCAAGGAGAUGCAAAAUUUUAUUUACUUUAAAACUGUCUUCAUAAUAAUCAAACAGUGAUUCAUCUAAAUGACUUCUAGCAACCUAAGUAAAAACAUUCCCCUCCUAUGUAUGAUUGAUUUGAUCAUAUAAACACCAUGAAGGCUCUAAUUCAUAAAUACAAAAAUAUAUUUAAGUCUUUAUAGAUAUAAAGCUUUACUUAGAUAUAACUUCAGUGAGUAGGGAAAAAAAAUCUACAGUAGAUAAAGCAAAAGAUAAUUAGGCAACAAAGCAUUUUCAAACCCAAAUUCCUGUUUCCAACUUCAAAUAGUUUUUUCUAUAAACACAAAAUGAGUGUUUACUCAUCAGUAGGAGGUUGGACUAGAUGAACUCUAUUAUUUCUUUCUAAAUCUAAUAAUCCAUAAAAAUUAUGCUUCCUGUUUCAUUUUUUAUUUUAUCUAUGCUAAAACGAGCCCUUUCCCUUAUGUCCAGUUUAAAAUGAUCAUUUGCAUGAUUUUCAUUUCAAUAAAAAAACCAGAAACUGUCCUUAAACAAAACAAAAACCAAAAGUCACCCUAUCAGGUUUCAAACAGAUUUGUGGCUGUUCUUUUCUGAAAUUUCCCUUAUUCAGGUUUCUGUGGGAAAAAUGAAAGAUUAACCUUCCCCACUGGUGAUGACCUAGGCAGGAAUCAUCUCUUGAAAUAAAUACUAGCUGAGUAAAGGCAAGCAGGUGUGAAGAGCAGGGCUCAGCAGCAAGUCACAUUUUUCUACUAUUUGACCGAAAGGAAAAGAAAAUAAAGAAGAACUCUGGAGUGGUCUAAGACUGAUAAUAGCAGAAGAAUAUCAAGAACACAGAAACUUAAUUAUUGUGAACUUUUGCUGUUUGAAAAUCUUAGACAUUCAUUCUUAAGUAGAAAUCAGACCAACAGAUUUUCCCAACCCAAGACUACGGUAACAUAUAAAGACAGCAAGAAUUCUUAUUUCUAUAAUAAAUUAACAAGAUUCACCUAAUCUGUGAAAAUAAAGUAGUAUUGAAGACUUACAUGGUAUGUUUUUUCCUAAAGGGACUACAUUAAUUACACAGAUCACACUCUCGCUAGUUAAGUGAAGCUGCCCAGGGUGACAUAAGUGAAUAAGUAAAACCUGGGAUCUAAGGUUCCAUUCAAGUCAAAUGAGUUUCGUAUUAUACUUAGUGUUUACACAUAAAUUUGGCAUUUGAAAGCUAAAUAUGACUUCCCCUACACAUGCCAAAAAAAAAAACUAUUGGUAAACUACUGUUAUUUAAUAAACAUUUUAUAAAUCUAUAAGAAACACGAUCCAAAACUUUUUUGCAGGAGAUAGAAAGCUUCUGGGAGGACUGUUCGUUGUUUCUUUCACUUAUUUCAAAUCAUAGUUUCUAGGUUAAGGAUUAGGUUUUCUAUAGAAAGACCAUUAUCCUCUGAGGAAAAUGAAGUAAAAGGAAAAAGGCGGGAAAUUACUGGGAGGUAGGAAUGGCUGCUCUGUCUUCCCGGAUGUGCAGCUCACUAACCUGGAUCAUCUGGGAGCUUGGUCAUGGAGUCUUGCAUACAUCAUCAGGAAGACCACUUUGGAACUAACGUUAAACGUUCCUUUGGAAACUGAUAAAGAUAGCAUGACAAUUCCAACAAACUGGAGACAUGUAGUUACCAAAAAUCUUAGGGGCCUAGUUUUAUGUAUGUACAAGCCCAUACUACCAAGUACCAGAAGA